UUUCGGCAGCCAAAAAAUUAUCGCAGCCUCCUCUGACCGAAAGCGAAGCAGCUUUUAACCCCCCUUCUCCUCCGCCUCUAAUUUCAUCUUGCCUCGAUCGCCGGCAGAUCUCGGCGACUAGAUCUGGGUGAAGAACCCAUCUCCUAUGGGUUUUGCCGCCGAAUCCGGCGCCAAGAUGGGAUUUUUUCGUAGGCUCGCCCUCUGGAUCUUGAUCUCCUGCCUCGCCGUCCGAUCCGGCGAUGGGUUCUACCUCCCCGGCAGCUACCCGCACCGGUACCCCGCCGGCGGCGCUCUCCCGGUCAAGGUGAACUCCCUCACCUCCAUCGAGACCGAGAUGCCCUUCAGCUACUACAGCCUCCCCUUCUGCCGCCCGGCGGAGGGGAUCAAGGACAGCGCUGAAAACCUCGGCGAGCUCCUCAUGGGAGACCGCAUUGAGAACUCCCCAUACCGCUUCAAGAUGUUUACCAACGAGUCCGACGUCUUCCUCUGCCGGACCGACCCGCUCUCGGCCCAGGACUUCCGCCUCCUCAAGAAGAGGAUCGACGAGAUGUAUCAGGUCAACCUGAUCCUCGAAAACCUACCCGCGAUCCGCUACACCAAGAAGGACGAUUACGUCCUUCGGUGGACGGGGUACCCGGUUGGGAUCAUGAUCGCCGACGCCUACUAUGUGUUCAACCACCUAAAAUUCACAGUUUUGGUACACAAGUAUGAGGAGACGAAUGUGGCGAGGGUGAUGGGCACAGGGGACGCAGCCGAGGCGAUCCCGACGGUGGACAAGGCAGGUUCAGGGUCUCCCAGUUGGAUGGUGGUUGGUUUCGAGGUCGUGCCAUGUAGCUUUCAACAUGAUGCGGAUUUGGUCAAGGCUCUGAAGAUGUAUGAUAAGUACCCAGUGAACAUCCAGUGCGAUCCCAAGGCAGUGGCCAUGAGAGUGAAGGAAAACCAACCUAUUGUCUUCACUUAUGAGGUUGCAUUCGUCGAGAGUGACAUCAAGUGGCCGUCUCGCUGGGAUGCCUAUUUGAAGAUGGAGGGGGCGAAGGUUCACUGGUUCUCGAUCCUGAAUUCGCUAAUGGUGAUCGCUUUCCUUGCUGGUAUUGUUCUCGUGAUCCUGUUGAGGACUGUUCGAAGGGAUCUGACUCGGUAUGAGGAGCUUGACAAGGAGGCACAGGCUCAGAUGAAUGAGGAGCUAUCAGGAUGGAAGCUUGUAGUUGGGGAUGUGUUCAGAGCUCCAAGUCAUCCGUUGCUCCUUUGUGUAUUGGUUGGUGAUGGAGUUCAGAUACUUGGUAUGGCAAUCGUAACCAUCUUGUUCGCUGCACUUGGAUUCAUGUCCCCUGCAUCAAGGGGAACUCUCAUCACAGGAAUGCUGUUCUUCUUCCUGGUUCUUGGGAUCGCUGCUGGAUAUGUUGCUGUCAGGAUGUGGAAGACAAUCAAAACUGGGGAUCACACUGGUUGGAUUUCGGUUUCUUGGCGGGUUGCUUGUUUCUUCCCUGGUAUUGCGUUCUUGAUCUUGACAACAUUAAACUUCCUGUUGUGGGGUAGCCAUAGCACAGGGGCAAUACCCAUUUCUUUGUUCAUCAUAUUGCUUUUGCUCUGGUUCUGCAUCUCAGUUCCACUGACACUUGUUGGUGGCUUCCUUGGUGCCAAGGCACCGCACAUUGAGUACCCAGUUAGGACUAAUCAGAUACCUCGCGAGAUUCCUCCGCAGAAAUACCCGCCGUGGUUGUUGGUUCUUGGAGCUGGGACCCUACCAUUUGGCACUCUUUUCAUCGAGCUCUUCUUCAUAAUGUCAAGCAUCUGGAUGGGCCGUGUGUACUAUGUCUUCGGCUUUCUCUUCAUCGUAAUGAUUCUUCUUGUCGUCGUUUGUGCUGAAGUUUCUUUAGUCCUGACCUACAUGCACCUGUGUGUCGAGGAUUGGAAGUGGUGGUGGAAAUCCUUCUUCUCAUCAGGAUCAGUGGCUAUCUACAUAUUCUUAUACUCUGUGAACUAUCUGGUGUUUGAUCUUAAGAACUUAAGUGGGCCCAUCUCUGCCUCCCUCUACCUUGGCUACUCUUUGUUGAUGGUCAUCGCAAUCAUGCUUGCAACUGGUACAAUCGGAUUCAUCUCAGCAUUCGGGUUCGUCCAUUACCUCUUUUCAUCAGUCAAACUAGAUUGAUGGACUUCAAUGAGAAAGCUUCCUCGACGAAGGAAAAGCUUGGUCAAGGCUAAAUGAGAUUAAAGUUUGUCACUCACUGGUUGAUCAUUUGAAAUUUGAGGCUCUACAGGGAAAUAAUAUUUCACAUGGCUAUUGUUUCAUGCAUCGGCACUUGGUAAGAUGCAAUAGAAUGUACUCUGCAGAGCCGUUAGUUCUUUUUUCUAUUUUUUUAUCUUCUUUUUGUUCUAUUAGUUCAUCUAGCUGUAUACUGGAUUGCCGGUAACAAUGCAUUUUACUUUCUGAAUGCUGAACAACUGUAGAUGCAAUUGUAAUUCAUUGUGCUUUUUGUUAUCUUCA